CUAGUUCUAUACUGUGUACAGCUAUGAAUGACUGCCGUGUCAACCACCGCUUUAUUGUAUAUAUAUCCUAGAGAGAAGGGAGUACGCGUUGAUAGUUGUAUCCGUGUGUAUGAUACACAUACUAAGACUAAGUUCAUAUAAUAGGCUUACAACAACCGUCCUACCAAAGAUGCAACCCAUAACGCACAAAACGACAGCGAGGAUGGAAGCUGGCGAUAACUAUUACAGUGAGGCGAUAUUGAAGCUUAAUUCGCUUCAGACGAAUGCGAAGAAUGUGAAGAUGCUCCAGGCCAAUCCAAGGGCAAAUGACAAAUCUCUCCCCGAGAUGAGGACUUUUUUCGAACGUUUGGGGCACAAAGUGGAAGUUCUCAACAGCCUCAAUGCCAUACACAUAAGUGGGAGCAAAGGAAAGGGGUCUACCUGUGCGUUCAGCGAGAGCAUACUCAGAUGCAACGGAUACAGAACAGGCCUAUACACAUCACCGCAUCUGGUGGAGGUGAGAGAGAGAGUCCGGAUAGACGGGAAACCACUCAGUAAACAGGCGUUUACCGAUCGAUUCAACGAGUGCUGGACUAUGCUACAAGCGAACAAGACCGAUGAACUGCAGAUGCCGUCGUACUUCCGGUUUAUGACCUUGCUGGCUUUCCAUACGUUCCUGAUAGAGAAAGUGGACGUCAGUAUCAUCGAGGUUGGCAUUGGAGGAAUGUACGAUCCCACGAAUAUCAUCGAGAAGCCAGUGGUGUGUGCCGUGUCGUCGCUCGGGAUUGACCACGUGCGCAUGCUCGGUGAUACCUUACCCGAGAUAGCUCUGCACAAAGCAGGUAUAUUCAAGCCGCACGUCCCCGCCUUCACCACGGCACAACCCGCGGAGGCACUGGCUGUGCUCGUUGACUAUGCGAACAGACAAAAGGCGCUACUGACGCUCGCCCCUACGCUCGAGGCUUACCCAACAGCUGAACCGAUUCAACUGGGUUUAUCCGGCAAAUUCCAAAGUUGCAACGCUGCCUUGGCGCUCCAAGCAACGAACCAAUGGAGGAGGUGGAGGGAAACGGGAAGUGUGCCAGAGUACAUCCCAAUAGACAGCUUGUCCACAAGCGACCCCGUCCCGCUAUCGCCAGAGACAAUAACGGGACUGCGGGCGUGCGUGUGGCCGGGAAGGGCAAUGGUAUUAGAACGACCAGAGCAGAACUCAACAUACUACCUAGAUGGGGCUCAUACAGUGGAGAGUAUACAGUGUGCAGCCGAGUGGAUGGGCACUGUACUGGAAACAGACGACCACCGCAGCAGGCGUGUGCUUGUGUUCAACUGCAUGGACAGGAUAGUCUCAGAUCUGCUGGCGCCGUUACUGGCGCUGCACAAAGACACUCCGUUCGACCACGUGCUCUUCUGUCCAAACAUCACAUCCGAUACAGCCCGGCAUGCAGACAGCAUCAGCUACAACAAGUCCGAGAGCGACCAAACCCUGGCCCCCAUUCGAAACGCAACCACGUGGCAGGAGUUGUGCGACGCCGCCGGUGUGGAGGUCAGCGCAGACCAUCACGUGGGUGGCAAGGCGAAGGUGCAGACGUUCUCGUCCAUUGAGAAUGUGAAGAACUGGGUGGAGAAGGUGGGCCGCGACAACGGAGCGAUACACACGCAGGUGUUUGUGACCGGGAGUCUGCACCUUGUGGGGGGCAUGCUGAGCAAUCUCAAUUGGGAAACGCAAUAAUAAAGACCUGGGUAUUGUCA